GCGGCAUGCUCAGGCGGUGAGUUUGCAACCGCCUAGUGCAUAAGUGUCACCGUGGGAACCGGAGAGGCUGAAAGAGGGAGGACGAGGCGACAGAAGGGAGCGCAAAGUCGGAGGACUGAGGGGCGCCCCGCAGCUUCUUUGCUGCCCUUUGGAUUUUUACGCAUCUAGUUUUACCCCAAAGCCCAUCGGACCCUAAAACCAGUCUUGUCCAGAAGGGACACUGACACACCACAAUGGCGAGUAAGGGCAUCCGAUGUAAGAUUGUUGUAGUUGGGGAUAUGCAGUGUGGCAAAACAGCCUUGUUACAUGUGUUCGCGAAGGACUACUAUCCCCAGAAUUACGCCCCUACGGUCUUCGAGAACUACACUGCUAGUUUUGAGAUCGACAAACAAAGGAUUGAACUGAACAUGUGGGACACGUCAGGUUCUUCGUACUAUGACAACGUGCGACCUCUGGCCUACCCGGACUCAGAUGCCGUGCUCAUCUGCUUUGACAUCAGCCGCCCAGAGACGCUGGACAGCGUACUGAAGAAGUGGCAAGGGGAGACCCAGGAGUACUGCCCCAACGCCAAGGUGGUCCUGGUGGGCUGCAAGCUGGACAAGCGGACGGAGCUGAGCACGCUAAGGGAGCUGUCCAAGCAGAGGCUUAUCCCCAUCACUCACGAGCAGGGCAGCAUGCUGGCGCGGCAGAUCGGCGCGGUGGCCUACAUGGAAUGCUCCUCCAGAACGUCGGAGAACAGCGUGCGGGACGUCUUCCACAUGACCACGCUGGCGUCAGUAGGCAGUAGGCUCCACCUGAAGCGCACCACCACCCGGCGUGGCCUGAAGAGGAUCUCUCAGCCGCCCAGCCAACAAGAGGUCCAGGAUAACACCCCGGGCUUGAGGAAGGAGCGGGCCAAGAGCUGCGUGCUUAUGUAGAAAGGCAGAGAAACAGAGAUCUAUAUGUAUAAUAGAGGAACUCUAUUUAUUGUUUUCUAUGUCAUCUUUGCACUGCUGAGAGAAAAGACAAGGAAAGCAACAAAGAACAUGAAGCUGCGGGGGGCUGUUGGGUGACCCUUCGAUUUGCUUAAGUUCUUGGGGCAGACAAGGCUUUAUGUCAUAAAUUAAAAAUAUAAACCACCGAGCGUACGGACUUCGCUUUUAUUUGUGCUGAACUGUGCAUUUUGGCUGUGCCAAGCAACUGAUGGCAAGCUGAGCACUGAAGGUGAGGAGAAUGGAGAUGUAGGAGGAAUGGGGAUUUCAGCAGUCAAAUGCAGCGAUUCGCAAAGGAAAUAGGUUGAGUGGGGAUUUCUGAAGCAUUGGGCCUUUUGCGCACUGUGACAUGGCCACUUCAUGUCCUUAUAAGUUUUAGUGUCUGGUCCUGAUCAGCUGACAUCAGAAUCAAUAAGUGGUUGACCUGUGAUCUGUAAAAACAAUGACUUCUGCUCUUAGCUUAGAGCUGAGACUUACCAUAAUUGACUGUCAUAUACAAUAUCCUACUCUAGCAAUUUGUAACACAAAAAAACUGUGAUAAAAUAAUUGCACAACUAUGAUAGAAAAUUGAGGGGUAAAGACAGCUUGUGGGAUGACUAGAGAGUAGUGUUUCAGUAUAUUUUCAGGUUUUGAAAUCCUGCAGGACUAAUUCUCUAAACCACAAGUGCUUUCAAGUUAAAGUCACUUUAUAUUUGUACACAUUUAAUUUUAUAAUUUAUCUAUGUUUUUCUUUCGAUUGUUUUCAAAAUACGGAUUGCGUUAAACUUUAUUUAGAAACUUUCUUUCUGUCUUUUUUUUUAUCUUUCUGUCAGAUUGUUAUGUUUUAACAUUAACCAGAGACCAGAAUAAUGGUAUCGGGCUGUUUCGCAGUAUUUUGGGUUGUGUAUUUGUGAUGGAAAUAAAAUGACUCAUUUAGUGA